AUGAAAAUAAACGACAAAACCUACAGCAUCAUGACAGAGAGCGUGGACUUGGGAGAGAUCAUGUUUUCUCUGUGUUACCUGCCGACAGCCGGGCGACUCACUCUGACCGUCAUCAAGUGCAGAAACUUGAAGGCCAUGGACAUUACCGGAUACUCAGAUCCGUACGUCAAAGUGUCGCUCAUCUGUGACGGGCGGCGCUUGAAAAAGAAGAAGACGAGCAUCAAGAAGAACACGCUGAACCCGACGUACAACGAAGCCAUAAUCUUUGACAUCCCCCCGGACAGCAUGGACCACGUCAGCCUCCACAUCUCUGUCAUGGACUACGACCUGGUCGGUCACAACGAGAUCAUCGGCGUCAUGAGGCUCGGGUGCCACGCAGAGGGACUUGGCCGCGACCACUGGAACGAGAUGCUGGCCUAUCCGCGCAAACCCAUCGCCCACUGGCACCCCCUGAUGGAGUCCAAGAAGUCUGAGAAAGAGUGGAAGGCGCGCACGGCCAGUUUCGACAGCCAGGGAUCGUGCCCCUCGCCUCGCCCUCCGUCCAGCCCCUGA